CUUGCGAGAAAGGGUAAAAGAGCAAUAAUUUUUCAUUCACUAUUUCAAUAAUAUAUUCCAGAGCUACCGUUUCCGUCUCGAAUUAUUUAAAAUCUCGAUUAUCGUCCCGAUACGAACCCCGUACYUUUUCUUCAAGUACCGACCAUCCCUCGCUGAGGUAAUAUAAAAUCUGUACAUCUUACGGUAUACUAAUUAUUCUCUCGUAUGAAUUAGGGACGCAAGUAAGGGGGAAAUUUUCCUGUCUUUACAGAGGCCAAACAGAGACCUAUCGCUCCGCAUUUUGUACCUGUYGUCUCCGCCGCCUCCUCCUAUCAGAUGCACAUAAGUUCAUUAGCGACGAGCGUAUUUAUUUGGUGGGUCUGGUUUGGAAGCACAUCAGCGUUCGCGCUGCCUAGAACUAAAGAAUACAGAGGAUCAAGUGAAGUUGUCUCGGGCAAAAAUGGGGCGGGUGCAGAGCCCAGCUGCGAGGAGCUGAUGGCGAUGUGGAGGUUUUCUAAACGUCAGUCGAGAGCUGCUGAGAUUACCAAUGAAAUACCCAUGUAUAGAGACCCCUUUUCCGAUAACGUUUGGGAACCUUAUUACGCUACUUCGAGAAGCAUGGGGGGGAUGCGAAUGGGACGUCACAGAGGACGGCCAAUUUAUGGACGCGUGGUUCACAAGGCCCCACUACUGCGUAUCCAAGAUUUGGCCGAAAGAACCAGAGCUUUCGAGGAGGUAGCCAAAAUGUAUGGAACGGUUCAACGACAAACAGAACCAAGACGACGGAUAACGGCAUUCAGGUUGUCAGGGGGAGGUCAUCUACCUUCUCUAGGCCUUACUCCACAAAGCGGAAGUUUCCAGCAUCUAAAGGAGCUAAUUAGAACGGAACGCGCUCGAGAACUGCAGGAACAGAGGAUGGCGGAAGAAGCAGCAGCUCGUGCUGCAGCUCUGAAAGAGUUUGCAGGAAGUGGAAGUCACAGGAAUCAAGCAAACUAUCGUGAUAUUAACUACAAUUACGACAUUGACGGAAGGGAGGAUCAGCAGCGCGAUAGCUAUAUGGGUCGCGGUGGAAUUUUAGCUUUCCCAGAUUUGUUGGCCCCAUCAUCCCGCCAAGACCCUGACGACACACGUUUUAUCCAAGAUUAUGGCUAUUCGAGAGAUAGGCCUAGAGCCCAGAGCUCUUCACUCUUUGACACCAGUUCAUUUAACGUCGACGAUUUUGACGGAUUGAUGCUGUAAAAGUGCGUUAGUGGUCGUCGGAAAGUCCAUAUUGAUUUAAUGUUUUAUCCAUCAUAUACUCCAUACAGCUUGUAUGCUUUAUAUUUGAGAUUGAACUUUGACGUGCUAUUACAAAUAAUCGUAUACAAAAUAUCUAGAAGGUUUAUUAGAAACUAGGUGUAAAAAAAUAAGACUAUGGAGAGAUCUGUAAAAUAAAUGCGAAAAACUUAUUGUUGAACUCUAAGAUAUAAAUGUUUUAUAGUCUUUUAGGAUGUGGACUGAUUUUUAAAUAAAUUUUUCGGCAAGGCCAGGAAUUUUGGAUGCUAUUUUGAUAAAAAUCUUCGUACAAGAAAUACUAAUUUAUUUUUCUAUUAUUAUUAUGUGAUCAUGUGAGGCUGGUAUGAUCCAUAAUUCAAUCACGCUAUAAUAUUACGAUUGUUUUUAUCAUUCUUGCAUCCUCUUGUUAGUAAAACGCCAUGACAUUUGUAAUUAGUACCAUUUAUUAUCAUGAUGUUGGCCUGAUAUUUUUCAUCAACGAUAUUCGCUUAUUCUGAUUCAAAUGAGUUUAUGUUAUGAGCCCGUUAUUUAAAGAUAUUCAGAUGUUGGGGAUGAAAAAUAUGAGGUGAUUUAUAACACUGUCACGUCAGAUACUAUAAUAAUGCUUUUUAUAUUAAAAAAACAACAAAAAUUGUUAGAAACAGUAGGUAUUGUUGGCUAAUCUUGAAACACCCAACCAGGAAAAAAGGAACGGUUCGGUAAUGAUGCAUAUGACUAAAUCAUAUCACGGUCGUACUGUAUAAGGUGACCAACUUUAUAAAAUUUAAAAGCAAGACAUUAAUAUAACUAAUCAUUUUAUUUUAAGACACCAAACAAAAAAUAAAAUAAUGUACGGUGUAAAUUUUUUACAUAAAAAACGAACAUUUUUUUGGUAUUCACGCCUUCGUCCUCUGCAAACAAUUUCAAAACUUUUAUAAAAGUUUAACCAAAAUUUAAUUUGUUCAUUAUGAGUGAUUUGAGUAUUUUAAUUGAGUUUUUCAGAGGACCAAAUGUCGUUUACAAGUUAAGUGACGUUCCAUUUUCGCGUCAAAUACUAAAUCUAAAAAUCAGGACAUUUGGAUCUGUUCGUAGUAAAAUCGGGAGGUAUAACAGAACGAGACAGUAAGCAAGUAAAAUCAGAACGGUUGGUCACCUUAGUCAUAUUAUAUCAACAGUAGUUACAAGCCGGAUAGGGACAUAUCACAGAAAUUCUUUUCGAAACAAUCAAAUAACGAAGAAUAUCACUGGUACGACAUAUCUAAUGAUUUUGCAAUUGAGGUAUCAUAAUAACAUCAAAAUGGCAGCCAAGUAUUUCAAAUUAAGGCCUAAUAGCACUUUCAGUAUUAAUGUUGAUAUAUACAUAAACAAAGUCUUCCCUAAUAUAUUAGAAUUAACUAGACCCGUAGUUUAAGAAUGCAGCAUCUGCACAGGCAAAGUUAUGCAAUAGUUUAUCACCGCGUCUACUUACGUUAAAAUUUACAUCAAUUUAUGAUAAUUAAAGCCAAGUACAAAACAUACCGGUUACGAAAUUUCAAUUUCCAAAUAAAUCCAAGUGUAAAUUUUCACGUAAGAUAUGUAUAGAAUUGGCUCUUGACGGAAUGUUUAAUUAAAAUAAUGUGAUGAAUUCGACAAUAACAAAAUUUUAUUUUUUGAAUUCUGAAAUAUUCUGAUACGUCUAUUUAAACUACUUCUAAUUAUUUAAAGUGCAAUUUAAAUGUUUAGAAUUAGUCGAGCUGAUCUGCAGUGACAAUAAAUUUUCGUCAAUUUCAUUCAAUAUAAAAACAUUAAAUCAAACUAAAUUCAAACAAAAAGAUGUAUUUAUGUUGGAAAAACCAAGGGCCAACGUUUUACCGACAUAAAUGCCGUCUUUAAUUAAUUAUAAGUAAGUGUAUGUAUUUUUAAUAGCAUCAUUAUGAACAUUCUCAUCAGUGCAUGUUUGUAUCUGUAUUAUGCUGUAAUGCCCUUUUGUCUCCAAUCAUAUCUAACUCUCAAUCCAUUAGGUAUUCUGUGAUGUAAGAAAUACUGACAAUACUAGCAAACACCUUGUGUGGGGUCUGAAUUAUAUUCAUUACCACCUAUAAUAGUAGCAAAUUAUUUUAUAUGUAAUAUUUGUAUGUAACUAUACGUAUCUAUAAGCAGAAUAAAUUAUAUUAGCA